CGCAUUCCAUGCAGUCAACUCAUAGUUCUGUCGAUCGUCGGAAGUUCGAGACGUAAGUACCUGUCGAGAUUUUCGAGAUGUUGCCGCUCCAAUUCGUUUUGCUGGGCUGUCUGUUCAUUGCACAGGGGCUAUGCCACACUCUGCCGGAGCCCAAGGUGAGGGUGCCUCGUGAAACAAUCAGCAUUCCGACGCAUCUGUUCAAGCCCGUGGGCCAGAAGUCCAGCAACGAACCUAUUUCUGAUCGAUCUUCCUUAAAUGGCGGAAAUAGGACUGCCUUGGCUGAAUUAGACAAUGAAGUCAAGUUUUUAGAUAGAUCCAGCGGAGAAGUGGAAGAAGUGACAGCCUCCUACGAAGAGGAGGAAAUUCCACUACGACCUAUCCCAUUUCAGCCUCGACCAUUUUUUUCUCAGAGCCCUCCCCGAACAAACGGUUUUCGCAUUCCUCAACCCAACUACGACAAUGCAUUCGAAUCGGAUUACAACGUGGGUCCCAGAGGCAACGCCUUCAACAACAGACCCUUUCCGAGUUCUCCGGAUUUCCGUGACAGAGGCAUUCGACCAUUUCCUGAUACGCCAUUCCGCAACCAAAACUCGGGAGCCUGGGUAUCUGGACCAGUAAGGGUAACUGGACCAGUACCUAUACCAUCUGAUGGUUCCAUAAUCCCCCUUAUUGCCGGUGGUCCCAGUAUUUCGGCUGGUAACAGUGGCCCUCUUGGUUCCGGAGGCUCUUCAAACAACUUUUACCGAUCCGAAUCCUAUAGCUACACCUCUGACGGAAGAGGACCUCCGCAGAUCGAGCGGGAUGUGUACGACUCGCGGAAUGGAUUUGGAUCAUCAUUCCGCAACUUUUAACCGCCUUUCUAAUAGAAACUAAUAAAUGAAACUCAGAGCUGA